CCGACACUUUUUCAUCCAACUGUCAAACAAGCAGAUAGAAAAGUGAAGAAAUUGUGCAAAAAGAUUAUGUUGUAAGAUCCCGUGUGCCUGCGCUAGUUUUUCGAAAGGAUUUUCUUGUAUGUUACCCAUUCACUACAUUUCCAGCAGUAGUGUUACUUGAUUGUUAUGCGAACCAUCUUUGAAUAUCCGUAUCCGUAGUGCGCGAGUGCGUUAUGGUUUAACUGCAAAUCAACUUCAUCGCAACAGGGGGUGCGUCCAGUUUGUAAAAUAUUGUGCAGCAAAAGUGAAAAGAAUCGUACAAAAUUUAGCACAAAAAUGCGUCUGAUGGUACCGAAAAACCUUGCCAAGUGUGACUGUGGUCGGAGGGUAGUUUAGCAACAGCACGGUAACCGAGUGGAAAGUGGGUAUUGUGUGAAAAAACGUGAAAAGAUGUGAAAAACCGCAACAUCUCAUAGUGGUGUUUGGAGCACGAAAAGUAGAGCCUACUUCCAGUGCGAGAUCUAUUCUCCGGGAGUGGACGGGUUUGGUGAAAACACAACAGCCCCCAAAGUACGUCCUGUACGUUGUGAAACGCAGGUCAGGAAAACAACAACCUUGAUCCGUUGUCUACGUCAGAGCGUGGGGUGGGUGGCCCGGGCCAAGGUCCAAGGCAGGAAGGCAAAUCACCCAACCAGAGCAAAAGCGCAAAAACAUCGUAGUAGUCGGCAAACUUUCUUUGCCUAGCGUGUGUGUAGUUCGGAGUACUCCAAAGGAUGCUCGCAGAUCGUAUUGUUUACGCUUAACCAAGGUGUGUAGAAAAAUAAACAAAACGUACCCUUCCCGUCCCUUCAACCGCCGCCCCGGUCACAGGGCACCACGCUCCAACCACGCUAAACGCUGAUAAGUGAAAAGCGCUUGUGAACUGUGUUGUAAAAACGAAAGAAAGAAGAGUUUAAAACAAUCAUAGCAGCCGUCGUACGCGUUUCUAGCUGCGAGAAAGAUUCCUUAACGGUGGAAGUUUUUUUUGUUUCAACCCUUUUUACGAUUAUUUAUCGCUCAGCAGAAAUGUUAUUCUCAGCGCGUUGCAACAUUCCUACUGCCGUCAGUGUAUAGUUUAUGUGCGCUUUUGAAAUUGUAAUCAAGAUUUCAAACCUAGAACGGCCAAUGAGAAUGCAAGGAAGGGAUCAGCAGUGAAGCUAACGCGGAAGCUAAAUCAAACAACGCCAAACAUAACUGAAUCAUCUGGCUGAAAGCAUCAUCCUCAUUUCCCGAAGGUAAAAUGGGAAGCGUGUGGAAGCGGUUGCAGCGCGUCAACAAACGGGCGGCCAAGUUUUCCUUCACCGUGUCGUACCAUGAGCUGUUCAUGGAGACGACCGCCAAAUGGCGCCCCAAUAAGCUGCACGUCGUGUGGACACGCCGUUCACGGCGCGUCUCGUCGAGUGCACUCGAAUGGCAACCGGAUCUAAUCAACCCGCUCAGCAGCACAAUGUCCUGGCCAAUGCCGGACAACCAUACGAUCGCGGUAACGCUCUUCAAAGACAUCCGGACGCACGAGCUGGAGGAUAAGGAUUGGACGUUCGUGCUCGAGGAUGUUUCGCAGCUCGGCAAGAAGCGGGCCCUUGCGUCGGCAACGAUCAACAUGCGCAAAUACGCGAGUAUCGAGUCAACCCAGCAAACGUUUACGUUGCGAUUGCGUCCUGUUUCGAAGAAAAUACUCGCGGCAAACCUUGAGCUUACGCUGAGCUGUGUAUUUUUACGCGAGGGCAAAGCGACGGACGAGGACAUGCAGAGCAUCAUCUCACUGAUGUCGGUCAACAAUGUGUCCGACAUUGCACCGCUCGAUGAUCUGGAGGAUAUACCGGAUCUGGAAAAUUCGAUAGAUUUUUCCGAGAACAUGUCCGAGCUAACGAACCAACUGGAGCAACUGACGACGAGUUUGAACAGCUCGGAACUACUGACACCGAUGAGCGGUGUGCCAUCGUUACUAUCGGACGAUCAAACGCCGAUCGUGUGUGGAUCGCGUGAAAUGUUCCUGGAUAUGUUGCAAGAUCGCGAAGACGAAGCAAAGCGAGAGCUGGACGAGAAUGAAAACAAGCAGUCACUUCAACGAUCGAAAGAAGAGGGCGCUGGUGAAGCUGCACAAACAUCAUCGUCUCCUAGUCAAAGAGAACCGGAAGUUAGCAUCCCAGAAACGGUACGUGCGUUUGCCGAACAGGAAGACGAAGAGGAUCAGCUGGACAAACAAUUGGAUGCGCUGGGAAUAUUGGAAGAUGAGGAGGAUAACGAGGAUGGUUAUGCUUCCGGGCGUUCAACACCGAUCAUUGCUGCAUCACACCGUCUCCCAACGCCGGAACCAAUUUCGGUGAUAAUACAAGAGGAGAAAAAACGAUCUCCCGAACCACCGAAACCUUCACUGUUCGAUGGACAGUCGUUCAACAGUAGCCGAUCCGAUCUCAAACCGUUAAACUUAGUCAAGAGCUAUGAUAACGAACCGAGUGAAAUGGAAAAGAGCACAAUUACCGAACAGGAAGCGGAUGAACGUUUGGAUGUAUCGUUGGUUCCUCCCAUACGGACGGUACCGUUGCCCUUAUCGGCUGGAGGAGAGUUACUGAAACCGCUGGGAACGUUGAAGGACAGUACGCCGGGACAGGAUCUGCUCGAAUGGUGCAAGGAGGUGACAAAGAAUUACAAUGGCGUAAAAGUGACAAAUCUGACGACGAGCUGGCGCAACGGGAUGGCGUUUUGUGCGGUGAUACAUCAUUUCUAUCCUAAUCUUAUUGACAUGACCAAACUGUCCCCCGGUAAUGUGAUCGAAAACUGUCGAACAGCAUUCGAUGCGGCUGAGAAGCUUGGCAUACCGAGAGUGAUUGAGCCGCGCGAUAUGAAUUUACUCGCCGUGCCGGAUAAGCUGGCAGUUAUGACGUAUCUUUAUCAGCUACGUGCACACUUUACCGGACAUCAGCUAGAGGUCCAAUCCAUCGGUGAAACGACGGAUGAUUCCAGCUACGUGAUCGGUAAUUACAAAUCCGACAAACUGUGUAAAAAUCUGCUCAAUCUGACCGACAUCAUCACGCCCAACAACGACGAUCCAUUGGGGCCAAAAAUCGAUACAAAGGCGGCCCUAUUGGCCAACUCGAAGCACUUGCUGGGACGUGUACUAUCCCCUACCAAAGAUAAGCUUCCCAACUUUCCCUUUAGCCUGCUGGACGGGCCACUCGGUCCGGGACAUGUUGCCACCAAUGGUUCUAGCAAUGACGAUAGCAAUAGUAAACCAUCGAACGGUGUUAGUGGCCAUCAAAGAAGCGUAGACAGCGAUUGUACACAUACUUCCACCACAGUUAAUGAGGAAAAAUCUAUAGAAAACCGUACCAUUUCCACGGCAGUAGACGGUGGUAGUGCGGUGACAGUGAAUGGAAACAGCGCUAGUCCCAUGGACGGUGAUGGUGGCACUGAAUCCAUCGCAGAGGAGGACGGUACGUCCUCGUCUGAUUCCCAAAGACGUGCCCAAAUCGAAAGUAAAUUAUCGCACAGUGGUAGAGAUGUUGAUGGUGAUGACGAAGAGAUUCAAACGCUGCCCCAAACGUUGGAUAUAAAUAAAGCGAACAAAUUGAUUUUACGGCACAAAGAAAUGAGUGAACGGGCCAAACUCAUGAUAGAACGGCUUAGAUCGUCGCACGUAGAUAGCAAAGGUGACAAGGAUGCAGUCGAACGACAGGCCAGGCUGCGUGAGGAGGCCCGAAAGUUGAUUGCUGGCGCAAAGCUAAAGCUAUCCGGGUUAGACUCUCCUUCAUCACCCACGAAGCUGUUUCCUUCCGGUGGUCGUCCAGCGGCUCCUCUCUCGCCGGACCGCGCUAUCUCACCCAUCAACAACGGAUCGGAGUUUAUCUUUCCCACCGGUCAUCACCAUUCGCAUAGAAAGGAUAUGGUUUCACCAGGACAACUGGACUCAAACGGCAAGGAUAGUAAGGGUCACAACUACAAGACGGUAGAACAGAUUAGUAACCAUCAUCUACUAAAGCGAGGUACUCCGUCGCCGAGCAAGUUGAUUGAGUUUAUGGGGCCAAAGAGUGAAGAUGACGGUGGUCAGGUGGAACGUGUAAACUAUAUUCAAAGUGAGCUUAACAAACUGGAACGCGAGCAGGAAGCUAUCGAUCUGAAAGCAAACGCGCUCGAGAAGAAAUUACGCGCUGUGAUGGGUGGAACAAUGACGAACGUUUCCGAAACUGAGGAUCAACUGAUGUCACAAUGGUUCACAUUGGUUAAUAAAAAGAACGCACUACUUAGGCGGCAAAUGCAGCUUAAUCUACUUGAACAAGAGAAUGAUCUUGAGAAAAAGUACGAAAUGCUAAACAUGGAGCUGCGAGCUGCCCUCUCCGUUGAGGAUUGGCAGAAGACGGAGGAACAGCGUGAGAAGGAAGCACUGCUGCUAACAGAAUUGGUUGCAAUCGUCGACAAACGGAAUGAACUGGUGCAGAAUUUGCACAGUCAAGAACAAGCCAUCGAAGACGACGACGAAAUUGAAAGGAAGCUAGAGACGGUAGAUAUUAAUCAGAAGGAUGAAAAAUGUGUGAUCCAGUGAACUGAUUUCUUCUAUUUCUGUCUGUUUGGAAGAUUGGAGUAUUUUGCAAUUUGAUGUGUGCCGUUUCGGGCGUUACUUCAACAUUCACGCAAUCAACGCAAAAGGCGCCAAGCGUAACCGAAGCUCGUACUAGUACAAUCAUCGUUUAACACACGACAUACCAACAGCCUGUAACUACAGUAGAGACAUUUCCGUUCCGGGUUUUGAAUUCCGUUUUCGUAAUCAAUUCCGUCCGUUGUGUACACACGCUUCGUGUGUAUGUAUGUGUGCGCGUUUUUUGUGUGUCCGUGUGUUCCGUAGUAGUGUGUGUGUAUGUACAAGUGCUUGUAUUUAUUGGAAGCGUUCCAAAUGGAAAUGAUAGUUGUGUUUUAGGAUGUGAAACCCCUAUAUCAACAAUUUCAUCUCGUAGAUCGAUGAUCGAAACGGUCGCUAUCGAUCAACCUAACUAUUGAUGCGUGAAGUUGAUUACCUCGCUCGUAAUGCAAUGAUACUGGCAAUGGAUACAGUUGUCAGUUUAUAUCAAAUGAGCAGGAUGCAACCGAAACGUGGCCAAUCGACCAACAUCAAUUCUCUUAGUGUUGUAACAAACCUCCAAUCACUGAUUUAAUGCAUAGCGGUAACGGUUGUUUUGGCUUUCGUCUGAAAUCGGCAAAUAUCUACGUGUCAUGACAAAGAUUAAAUGUAUUGUUUAAUGUCUAACAUCUUUAUCAGGCUUUCAAAGGCAAAAUUGAAAACCACGCUUGCAAACUGCAGCAACACAUGAAAGGGAUCCCAAGUGCAAAUGCUUAUAUUUAUUGCAAUAAUACGUUAGCUUUAGCUUUUUUAUUAUUAAGUUUCCGUUUUCUUUUAAACCGUUGUACAACUAAAUUUUUAUAUUGUUCAUCUCUUGCUUUCCAAACGGUACUGUACGGUGCCGUUAUAAAGGUAAUCUGGUUUAACUACCGGCUAGGAAAUGAGUAACGCGAACAAGUCUACUAGUAAAAUAGGCAUCAGAACGAGUUAGGUUUAGACGCGGUGUCAGCUAAACGCUAAAAAAGUAAUGUAAACUUAUUCAAAGUGAUAUUAGAACGAACGGGAAAUCGAGUGAGCGUUUUUUAUAUGAUUAGUAUCUUUUUAUUAGUACGCACGCGAAGCUGCCUAUCCACCAAAAAAAGGGGUGCGUAUUCGUGCAUGCUUCGAACGUUUCAUCCGAAAAAAACACGAAACAACAAUUUUACCUAUCUGAAUGAAUGAAGCUCCAGUCUAUCAAGCUUCUCUACUUAAAGAACUAGUUUCCAUCUAGUGUUAUUAUUGAUCAACACACACCCACAUACAUAAUAUUUUUAGAUGAUAUCAUGGAUGGUUUACUGUAUAUAUGUAGUGAUAUACCGAACAAAUAUGAGGCCGAUGAACCAUUUUUUCUCCGCCAUGCUUUUGCUUCCGGAAGAAGAAUGAAAGCAGUACAGAGUGCAGAAUAAGCUUAUUGUAUUACAAUUUUCAUCAUUGCUUCUAUCGUCCUAAGUGAUUGUGUUUCUUUUGUCAAAGCUUAGAGAGGGAUACAUAAUAAUAUUUUAACAUGCAAAAGUGCAUAAGUCGGCUUCUACUGUUUGCACUACUACCCAGGAACCAACCAUUUACUCUCCGUACAGAAGUAUUGUUAGUAUUGUGUCCAUUUAUUUGUCACCCCAAAUCUUAUACACCAUACCGUAAGGCCGAGAUAAAAUAUUCUAGUCACAGCGGAAAGGAAUUACCAGUUGUUGUCCACAAUUUCUGCCGAAUUGGUGUUAAGUCACUGGGAAGUGAUUGGGUGAAUUAUCUAACAAAAGCAUUCUAACGUCAUAAAGCUUUCUAACGCCUUUAUUAAAUCUGGUGAGGGACUAGUUGUAUGUAAAAUGCUUGCGAUAGUAACACGUUUCAUUUUCAAUACUUCCGUUUGUAAGAAGCGAAGCCGAUUUAGUAUAAAUAAUCAAUGGUUUACUACGCCAUUUUCUUCACUUUGCAUAAGCGUGUGUAUUGAGAAGUAAGUUAAUUGAAGAAAUGGAAAGCGGUUCAAAGGUUCAUCCUACAGCCAAAGACAAGUUGCGGAAGGAGAGUAAGACCAGCAGGAAGGAAUCAUGUAGUUUAAUCUUAUUAAACAUAAUUUUCAUAACUUCUAGCGCUCAAUUUGAAAGAGAUUUUAGUUUGUCAAUGGUAAUAAUAUUGUGCACACUUUCAUAUUAUUUCACCAUUUUUGCUUCGGCUGGCACGAAGACACACCCUGGCAUGCACUACUUGAAUUGAUAAGGCGGAUUCUGUUUCCUUUUUAAACAAUCGAAUGGGUCAUUUGGCUUAUGUACCCCCGGUACUACUUACCCACCUUUCUCGCAGAUUAGUAAUAGAUUUCACAAUUGCAACAUUCAGCUAUAAAAGCAUCAUCAUUUCUAUACUAACAACAUUGAAACUAAACGCGACAAUAGCUCGUUGCUGGAUAGUUACGCCAGUGUAACGCUUGCAGUUAUUCGGAAGACAUACACCAACCAUUGGUUAUGAAACAAUCUGUAUUGAUAACACACUCAAUAGCGCGAUUCUAUGGCUCUAAAAAACACUACACAUUCGCAAUCGUAAGUUCGAAAGCAUUAAAUUAUUCUCAUAUAAUCAAAUCUGUCAUAUGGCUUUCAAUCACACAAUCGGAGAAAAAACUCGUUAAAAUGCAUAGCAAAAUAAACUGUGUGUAAGAACCGUUAGGGAGGAAUACAGACGCGUUAAGCAAAGGCAACAAAGUAUAACUUUGACCUUAUGGGUAACGCACGGAAACGAGAUAUAGAUAAGCAGCAGCACAUAACAUCCAAAACCAGAUAAAGUUGAAUAAUUCGCAUAGAAUGGCACUAGUUGCCCAAGAAGAAGUGACACGGAAAUGUAUAACAAGAAAACAUAUUUUUAGACACUAGUAAAAAAAAAAUGAAAGGAGCGACGUUAUUUCGGAACCGUUUUCAACACGAAACGCGCCACAUUCGAUCGCAUAAAACCUAAUUGCUACACAUCACUGCGGAGCAUGAGCAAAAACAGAAAUCUUCUUUUACUUUAGUCUAGAUAAAACCGAAACAGUCACGAACGAGGUGGAAGAGAAUAAUGGAACAUGUUACUCCAGCAGCAAAAAAAAAGCAGACGUUAAGAAAGGAUGGUCCUAACCACCUGUUUAUGGUGGUAAUGUAUUUUUUUCGGAAAGACCAUAAUAAGCUUAAAGAGAAGGAAUUCAAUUUGCAUGAUUGAUAAUAGAGAACCAGAGGCAGAAGAUUACCAUCACAGAGCUGUAUUUAUACAUCGUAUAUAUAUACACACACAGACCCGUUUGCGACCUUCUAGAAUUGAGUAUAUACUUAUACAUAAAAGAAAAAAAAACACAUAUAUAUUUUUUCUCAUAAUAUAUACAUAGACCCAUUUCGCAUUACUCACGGGACGCGCUGCGUGAAGCUAUGUAAAUGUAGGUUUCCUAUAUCGACAAGGCAAGAGGUAAAACAAAACAUUUUGCGCAAUGAAACGGAAACAGAAUGCAGUAAAGAACUUAACACGAAUAAAGCGUGGCGCUUGUGGAUUGUAAUGAUAUGAUGCAGUAAACGGAAAAGUAUCGAAAAA